CAGAGGAUCAUAAAGAUCAUAAAUUUCCGUUGAAGGUUUUGGCCGUUGGCUCAGUAAGACGAGUAAGACUGCGUAGUUUGUGAUGAUAUGUUUACGACAUUUAGGUAUGUCGUGCAAUUAAUUCGAUUAAUUAGUAAGUAGGGACUUUGAUUUGAUGUUGUGAAACGAGAGUCGACAUUUACGCAUGAAUUUACAUCUGUGUGUUACUUAUGUAUAUGGAUAAUGCUUACUAUGCCCAGUGAAAUUAGAGACAAAUAUUAACUCAGUGUUACUAUGAUACUUCAUCCAAAUCGUAUUUCUGUAUUUUAAGCAUCUUUCGGCCAGUGUUAUUGAAGGGGGCUAUGGUAUGGGCAGGAAGAGUUGGGGUAUCCUGUACUACUGAUUCUGCUAGAAUGCUGCACAAUAAAGUUCUGUGCAACAAGCAUUUCUCUGAAAGUGAUUUCACUACAGCUGAAAGGGCACGCCUUAACAGAUGUGCAGCAACCCUUAAUGCUCUAGUGGCUACAGGUGGUUGCAGCAGCGAAUACAUGGCAACAGCUGUGUUUGUUGAGGAGGUUGACAACCUCUUCGAUACUUUCAAUGGUGGAACAAGUGUUGGCCAAGGGAAAGCACUGCGUUGCCCACUCAGUGACAACAGUCCCCAUAUAGAGCUCUGGAAAAGGGCAAGUAUGGGGAUAAAGAGUUGGAUCUUCCUCAAGGAUGGUAAAUCUGCCUUUCUUCAUCCUCCUCCUUCACAGAAUGGGUGGCUAAUUGACAUCGCUGCUGCCCAGUAUGUGUGGAGGACACUGAAAGAGGCGGGUUUUCAGUACCUUCUCACCAAAACCCUGAAUCAGGACCCCCUGGAGAACACAUUUGGAGCUAUUCGUUUAAACUGUGGUUCAAACAAUAACCCGACUGUGGGACAGUUUGUAGAUGCCCUGAAGACUAGCAUCAUCAAUGGCCUUGCAUUUAGAGGACUAGGAGAAACUAAUUGUGAGGAUGAUGGUGCUACUCUUCUGGAUAAUCUACAGUUGCUUUUCAGGGCACCUGAAGCUGCUUCAUGAAAUCCUUCCACAAGUCAUGACAAGGAAACCGUUGCUGGUGUGCCUGAGAGUUUCCAUGUUGCUCUGCAAGUACAGAUGGACAUUAGUCCUGCAGUAGCUGCUGGUGACAUAGAAGUGUUCUCAGUAACUUAUGUCAGUGGUUCCAUUGCCAGACAGGUGCUUCGUGGUGUCAGCUGUGAUGCAUGCAAGACAUACCUGACAUCUGAAGUGCUGCUAUCAGCCAAUGUCUUCAUAUAUUUCAAGGAGUGCAGUGAUACAGAACAGUCUCUCACAUGUCCUUCUGAGAAUCUUGUGGAGACUGUUGGUACUGCUGUAACUCUGAUGGAGUCUAUAAUGACAGAGGCUGCCCACUUGAAUUCAGUGGAGCAGCAUAUCACAGCUGCCAUCAAGAGCACUAUUGACUUCGAGUGGAUUAGGUGUUCUGGCUGUUCACUUCACCACCAACGAAUAGUAGAUAGCAUUGUGAGAUGUCUCACACAAAUUUACAUUCCUUGGUGGUGUAAGCGAAGAAACAGGUUGAUGACUGAAGCAGCCAGGCAAAGGGCUACAGAGAGGAAGAUAAAGAUACUGUCUCAUCGGUAAGUCAUUAGGAAAGUAAUGCUUCUUCAUUUUUCCCUUAUAAUGGCCUGCCCAUACCAGCCCUGGAAAUUGACAGAGAGCAGUUAUGAAAUUACUGGAAGAAUAUGUGUGCCAGCUACUCACCUGAGCAUCAUUAAAUGUUUCAUAAGUUGGAGAAAGUAUCUCUGGUGACAAGCAGUUGCAGUGCAGCAACAGAAACUACUGUGCAGCGAAUGAUAACAUUGUCAUCCACAGUUCAGUUACACACAAGAAACCUACUGUGAACUUGAGCUCCAUCUCUUUCCUGCUUUGCAAACAUGUUGCAGUGAAUGAAACAUGGUCAACCACAGUUCGAUUACAUACACGAAACUUAUUUUGAACUUGAGCUCCAUCUCUUCUCCUCUUUGCAAACAUGUUUCCUUUGUCUCAGAAUAUUAGAACUUCACUGGGUCAGAGAUCAUUCUGGCCUUUAUCUUCAAGAAAUUGUAUUUCAAUCGAGUGUAUGGGAAAUUGUUUUCUUACACACAUGGGUCUUCUUUAUGUGUAGGUAAGAAUGAAGAGCCAUUACUUUAUAACUGA